GCUGCGAGCCACACGCACGCUUCACCACCGGGCGCAGUGGCUGCCGGGCGCCUCCGUUGCCUGGUUACCGGCGCUGCCCAUGGAGCGCAUCAGCCUGGACAGGGAUGCGCUCGCCGCCGUCGAUUCCUAUGUGGAGUAUCGGAGGCUUGUUGGUGAGGAUGAUGGGGGAACCCUUUUUACUCCAGAGGAAUAUGAGAGAUACAAGAAGGAAGUGUUGCCAAUACGAUUGCAGAAUCGAUUGUUUGUCAGCUGGACAUCACCCAAUGGCAUGGAUUGCAAAUUAGUUGGCCCAGAAACACUCUGUUUUUGCAGGCACAGAUAUAAACAGCACAAAACGGAUUUCAAAGUAAUUCCAGCAAAACGUCCAAUUUUGCUGCCCUGUAGAGCACAUGGUUGCAGGUGUAUCUCUUACAAUUACGUGCCACUGAAUGGAACUCAACCAAUUCGUUGCAGGUGCAAACAUUAUGCAGACGACCAUGAUGAAUUGACACCUAAUAAGUGCAAGAGAUGUGCAACUUGUGCUGGGUUUCACAGCUCCUUUACUUGUGGCUGUACUGAGCCAACAUACACUCAUGCAAUGAUUGUCGAGACCAAAGCCGAGCGUUUGGCAAGAGGACGAUCGGUGGGACCAGAUAUUCCCUAUGCUGCCAUGGGAGGUCUCACUGGAUUUAAUGCACUAGCAGAAGGAUAUAUGCGGCUUGACUCAAGUGGAAUAGGAGCACCAAGCAAUGCAAUUCUUGAUGCACCUUCGACUUCAAUGGACCACCCUUUUCUGAGAGCUUAUGCACCACAAGUAGAUGCAAUAAAUGCUGGCCGACCAACAGAUGAUGUUCAUGGUUUAAGUCGAUUUGCUCACCUUCUCACAGCUGAGGAACGGGAUAUGGCUUACUUUGAAAGUCAAUACCAAGAAAGGCUCAAAUUGGAAAGGGCUGCAAAGGGACAGAAAAAGAUUCCUGCAAUGAAAGGUGAAACUUCACGACAAGCCAAAGAACCUUCAAAAGGACCAAAAAAAGGAAAAUUCUAAGAACAUAUGUUAUCAAUGUAUUAUUUUUGUUUCCCUGGUACAGUGGAUGCAUGAUUCUGUCCAUUUUUGGAAUAAACAUUACACACUUGUGUUAUGUUAGUGCCAGACUUGAACUGUCCUAUCAUUUUUACCAUCCCAUGUACCUUUAAUAUUGUAUUCUUGUUAAAAAAAUAAACAUUUCAGUUACGAAAGUAAAAAUUUGUUUUGGGAAUUAUGUAAAUACAAAUCUGAUAAAUCUGAGAAACAUUGCUAUAAUUAACUUGGCAAUGAAUACAAAGGAGUGACAUUUUGCCAACAGAAAUGGUGUUCCUUUUGGCUGGAGUGCAGUUUGAACUAUAAAUAUUGGCAUUCAACUUUAACUGUAGAGGCAUGUCCCCAUUGGUGAAUAGUAAUAUUACCAGACUAAGUGGGACCCGUUGGGUCCCAUGUUCACACGGGAGGGCUUGUCCCCCAACGCAAUAUUCCACCUCUCCACCGAUUCCAAUAUAGGUGUCCAAUGGGUGGGGGGUGGCGCAUGGGGCUUUCUGGAGCGAUAGUAUGGGUAUUGUGGGCUGAAGGGACAGGUUUCCAGAGGGCUAGUUUGGACUGUGGGCCAAAUGGAUUAUUGGGGUGACAGCUGAGUCACUCAAGCCUGAUGUGCUGGCAGCUCACUCACGGCUGGUGGACGAGCAGUGGACUCACGGCUAUCCAUUGACAUUUCAUUUCAAGCAGGGAGCAAGGCCACCAAAUUCAAAUGCAGUUUCCUACCAUUUCAAGCAGUGUGUAAGGCCACCAAAUUCAAGUGCAGUUUCUUACCACUUCAAUCAGGGUGCAAGGCCACCAAUUCAAUUGCAGUUUCAUACCACUUCAAGCAGGGUGCAAGGCCACCAAAUUCAAAUGCAGUUUCAUACCAUUUCAUGCAGGGUGCAAGGCCACCACAUUCAAAUGCAGUUUCAUACCACUUGAAGCAGGGUGAAACCGCCAUAAAACCCCACAAAACACCACACUGAUAGUUCAGUAGACGUUCAGUUGUUCAGGGUGCAAGGCCACCGAAUUCAAGUGCAAUUCCAUUCCACUUCAAGUAGGGUGCAGGGCAGCAACCAUUUGCAGUGCAGCAUUUCAAAGUAGUUACCACCACCAACAACCAUUUGCAGUGCAGCGUUUCAAAGCAGUUACCACCACCAACAACCAUUUGCGGUGCAGCAUUUCAAAGCAGUUACCACCUCCAACAACCAUUUGCGGUGCAGCAUUUCAAAGCAGUUACCACCGCCAUCAACCAUUUGCGGUGCAGCAUUUCAAAGCAGUUACCACCUCCAACAACCAUUUGCGGUGCAGCAUUUCAAAGCAGUUAUCACCGCCAACAACCAUUUGCGGUGCAGCAUUUCAAAGCAGUUACCACCUCCAACAACCAUUUGCAGUGCAGCAUUUCAAAGCAACCACAUUUUCAUUUUCAAACCACAUUAAGGGCACUCACAGUUGAGUAGAGAUGUGUUCAGUAUUAUUCACAGCUCAGAGAGACGUGACUCUCGUUUCCUCCAUCUUGCAGAGACUGAGUGAGGCACAACACUUCCGGGUUUUAUAGUCCCUCCCCUCUCCCACCAGCAGGGGCAGCAGAGAGAAUGUCAACAUUUUUUAAACAUUAAUACCUCUUUAUUUUUCAUCAAUGGGAAAAAUCCUCUUGUCCUGCACAGCGGAGGGGGACAGCGGAGGAGUAAAACGGACAAAAAUCACAGCCAUAAGUGGCAGCGUUUUUUCAAAAAUCAUGAAACAGAACAACAGGAAGUGGCCAAGAUCUUACCUUUAGUAAUAUAGAUAGAUUAGCGCAUCAUAGGACAAUGCAGCCCGGUUGAUUGCCACUCAUCCAUCACUAAUUAUUUUUACCUCCUUCAAUUCUGCAUUUUAAGUUAAAUGUUACUCUCUCCUGGAUUCACUGCAGCAACGUGCUAACGACAUUGCAAGGUUAAGUAGCAGAUGUUUAUACACUACCACCUGCAUAUUCUUCUCUGUAGAUUGGUUUAUGCAUGAUAACCAAUCAUAGUAGAAUAGCAUCACAAACCCCACCCUACUGUACGAUUUAUAUUAACACCUACUUUCUGUACUGUUCAGUCUUGGAAGCGGUUAUGAAGUUAUAGCAACUAACAACCUGCUGUACCGCUAUAGUUUGGAUACUGAUUAAAGAUGAUCUUGGAUUUCAGAUUGUGUUAUUCAGUCAUUUACACUCUCCAAGUCACAAACUGUUCAGUGAGUGGUAACAUCACCAUUCUAAAUUGAAAAGUUAAUGAGCCUGAAACAGAAAGGAACUGAUGAUCGACAUAUCAGAACUUUGAAGGAGGUGAUAAUGGGGAUAACGGAUGCACAAUUUAUCAUCCUUAAAAAUUCUAAACAUUCAGGAAUAGUUGCUGCAGUUAGGAGGGUAUCAAAUAUGACUCCAUAUUUUGAGAAAGGACGGUAAAAGCAGGGAACUACUGAGCUGUUGGUUUGAUAUCAGGAAUUAUGAAAAUGCUGGAAAGCAAAUAAAAGAUAUGAUAUCAAGAAAUUAAUAAUCUAAUUGAGUGGUUUUCUAAUGUAUUUGAGUUAGGGGAUUAGUAAAAUAGAACUAACGAGUACAACAGGGAAGAGUGUAUGUGCCGCAACAAAUAGGGGUGAGGUUGCAAUGGUGACGGGAUAGAAAAGCUAAGUGAGUGAGCAACAAUCAGACUGACAGAGUACAAUGUGAAAAAUUAUGAGGAGAUCUACUUUGGUAGAAAUAUACAGGCUGAAUUUGGCCUCUAUUAUAUGAGGAGUAAAAUGUGGCCUCAUUAAGACGUGUAAAAUAUUCAGAGGGCUUGGCAUAGUAAAUGCAGGGAAGACAUUUCCCUUAUCUAAAGGAUUAGUCUCAGAAUAAGGGGUUGACCAUUUAUGACCAUUCAUGUGGUGGUUGGUGAAUCUUUGGAAUUAUCUGUCCGAGAUUGGUAAUUGAUUGCAUUCAAAAUAUAUAUUACUGGAAGCCUGAAUAAAAGAGGAAUCAACAUUUAUGGAGAUAGGGAUCUUGUGAUAUCACGCAGAUAUGUAAUAUAUGACCAGUUGUAGAUUUACACAAUCUUGAAAACAGGCCUGCUGUCCAAACCAAAGUUACUAGAGGAGCUCCUCUAUAAUCUUUGGUCCAAACCAAAAUGCAAUUGAAACGAAAUGUAGCGAUAAUCAAACUUACGCUAGAUAGGCGUUAUUCAUGAUUCGUAUAUGACAAUAUUAUUUGUGUCAAUACACAUUCAAAAUUACAUCGCUAAAUUAUUAAAUCCGGGUGAAGUGGGCGCAUGUGCGCAAGUGCAAUUGAAUACCGCCCUGGCAAGGAUAAUGUUGCUCCAGACACAUUAACUCGAGCAUUUUGUGCCUCUGUUCAUUCUUCUGCAUUCACUGAUCUUCACAAUGGGCUGUGUCAUCCUGGAGUCACUCGUUUGUUGCACUAUGUUCGUUCCAAAAACUUACCUUUCUCUACAGAAGAUGUGAAGAUGAUGUGUGCUUCAUGUAGAAUCUGUGCUGAAUUAAAACCAAGGUUCUUCCGUCCUGAAGAAGGAAGACUGAUCAAAGCUACUCAACCUAUGGAACGUUUGAGUAUUGACUUCAAAGGGCCUUUACCAUCCUCCUCGAAAUUUAUAUAUACUUACCUUAGUUGACGAAUAUUUGAGGUUUCCAUUUGCCUUUCCUUGUCCAAAUAUUUCAGCUGCUAUGGUUAUCAAAUGUUUAGAUCAACUGUUUUCAUUCUGUGGAUUUCCAAGUUACAUACAUUCUGAUAGGGGCACCUCACCUCGUUCAUGUCAAAAGAUUUAAAGAACUACCUUUCUAAGAGAGGAAUUGCAACAAGUAAAACAAUACCAUAUCAUCCUAUUGGAAAUGGUCAGGUUGAGAGGUAUAACGGAAUCAUGUGGAAAGCAGUGAAACUGGCUUUAAAGUCAAAUGAUAUACCAGAUCAGCAGUGGGAAUGUGUUCUACCAGAUGCAUUACACUCCAUCAGAUCUCUACUGUCAACUGCUACCAAUACUACUCCACACGAACGGUUCUUUAACUUCAAACGGCGUUCUUCUAGUGGUACUUCUCUGCCAUCAUGGUUGUUGAGCCCUGGGCCUGUGUUGCUUCGUCGUUAUGUCCGAUUAAAUAAGAAUGAGCCCUUUGUUGAUGAAGUUGAACUGACUGAUGUCAACCCUUCUUAUGCAACUAUCAAGUAUCGGGUUGGACGUCAGUCAACUGUCUCACUUCGUGACCUUGCACCAUGUCCAUCUUCUCCAUCAGCUCCGUCACUUCCUGAUAACACUAAUCGAGAACUUCCUCCGUCAGCUCCUUCAAUUCUUGAUAACACUAAUUCGGGAACUUCCUGCAACACUUCCAGCAUCCUCUAUAGAAACUUCUACAAGAAAUUCUAAAAUUGAAAAUCUAAAUAACAAUAUGAGUGAAGUUGAUGACCAAGCAAUAUAUCUACCCCCAGCUAUUGAAACACCGUUACCUCCUGAGGCUCCAGUGCUGCGACGGUCAUCAAGACGUAUUAAACCUCCUGACCGUCUCAACUUAUAAAUAGGAGGGGAGAAUGAAGUGGGCGCAUGUGCACAUGUGCGGAGUUCUUCUAGAGUGUGCGCAUGUGCAGGACAUUUCCGGAGUGUGCGCAUGUGCAAAGUAUUUCGGGCGGGAAAAGCCUAUGAAAUCAGCCAAAGAUUAUAGAUCUGCUAUAAGAUCUUUGGAAUCAGCCAUGUUUGCCAGACGUUUCUGAGUUUAUGUAUUAAAGAAAUAAGUUGCUUAAAGCUUAAAUAAAGUUAAGUUAAU